CACAUCGUCUACGAUUUUUACUUUUUUCUUCACGUUUGCUGAUCAAACGCGAUUUUGUUGUACAGAUUAUUACAUUAAAAUUACAUUUUAAUUAAUUUCGCUUACUGCGUAAAAUCCAAUUAGAGAAAAAUUGCUAUUAAUUGCCGAUACUCCCAUAAUUAUAAUGACCACGGCUGUAGGAUCAGCCGCCACUCUUGCGAAUCCCGGAGCGAUACGCAGUCAAAUAUCCAAGGAGCUGCGUGCAAAAGCUAAUGAUUUCCUUAAUUCACGACGCAAUGCUAACAAUCUUUUGGAUAUCAUUGCACAUUUUGAGCAUUGCGUUAAAGAAAAGCAAUCUAUUACUGCUGCUCUGUUGACCUUGGAAGUUGUGUUCGUGGAGGUGUUAAAGCGCAGAGAAAUGUGUAUAACAGGUGUACCACUGAAACCGAAAGACGAUAGUCCGGAGAUCAAAUAUCGUGAAUGGCUGCGUCAACGCUACGAGGAAGCCAUGAGCCUAAUACUUAGCUCUUUCGAAAAUGAGAAACCCGCAGAAGCGGCACAAGCACUGGUUUCAAGUAUGAAGUUAUUAGCGGCAGAGGGCAAACAUCCUUUAGAUAAGUCAGAUGAACCUUGUAAAUUUCCCAAGCAACGCCUACGUAAUAUUCUACAGAAAUUAGUUUCUCCUACGAAAUCACAAAGCACGCUGCUACAGCGCUUUAAGGAAUAUUCCGAAUAUCUGGAUGUGGUGUUCUACAGUUGGAAAUUAAUGCAGCAACUAGCUUCGCGUGCUGCCUUCGCCAAUGAAAUCUUUGCCUGUAACUAUUUGGAACUCAUAAAUGUUUUGCCUGUGACCGGAGAACUGCACGAACAACAAAAGUUAUUAUGCAUAACGCAAUCAGGCGUAGAAUCUGCACAACCCGAAUGUUUUGACUAUGCACCAAUCAAGAAGUGUAUUAAUAAAGUAUGGUUGUGUCUAAUGCAGUGGACAGACGGUAUACAGGAGACUGUGCAUAGGCAAAUGCUUAUCAUAUUGCUGGAACGUGUUUUGCCACACUUGGAAAAGCCAAUACUGUUAACAGAUUUUCUUAUGGACUCACUGGAUUGCGGUGGUCCCGUUAGCUUGCUUGCAUUGCAAGGUAUUUUCACGCUAAUACAGAAGCACAACAUUACGUAUCCAAAUAUUUACGAAAAGCUGUAUUCCAUGUUUGAACCCGAAAUUUUCCAUACCAAGUUUAAAGCACGCCUCUUUUAUCUGGCGGACAUUUUCUUAAGCUCUACACAUUUGCCAGAAAAUUUAGUAGCAGCAUUUGUUAAACGCCUGGCACGUUUAAGUUUAAUCGCACCGCCACAAGAUUCUAUAAUUAUUUUACAUUUCAUUGGUAACUUGAUACUACGUCAUUCUGGCUUAAAACGACUCAUUUGUGCACAGGCUGUUAUUGAAGUUUCGCGUGAUCCUUUCAUCAUGGAAGAACGUGAUCCGACAAAAUCAAAUGCGUUAGAUAGUUCGUUAUGGGAAGUGGUCUCAUUGCAAAGACACGCCAUACCAGCAGUAGCGAAUGCGGCACGUUUUAUAUCACAACCUUUACCAACUACUGAGUGGGACUUGUCUUCGGUGCUUGAGUUAAAAGAAGAUGAUAUUUUCGAUCAGGAGAUCUCCAAAAAGAGCAAACAGUAUGCGUUAGCUUUUGAACGACCACAAUCACUAUAUUUACCACAUGACGAUAAAGUUAAUCAGUACUGGAAUUUGUUCUAAAUCUUAUAUAAAUACGUAAAUGUAAAUACUAAGUGGUGUCGCACUUUGUGCUGCAGUAGUGGUAGCCUGUUGCAGAGCUACAUACUACCUGCCAUGACGGAGAAAAUAAUUUUCUUUACUCUGUGAACUCGUAGAAUUUAACGUUAAAUACACUUGAAUUCUUCAGUAUAUUUAAAUCAAUUUAGUCGUCGUGUUUAUAUAAUUAUAAGUGUAAUGGAAAGGCUAUGUAUUGUUCAAAAUAAAACUUACGUGUGUACAUAA